CUGGUCACGUGACCCGGGCCUUUGUUGAUGAGGCUCGUUGAAGAAGAAGAAGAGGAGGCGGACAAAAAAGGUCCCAACCGAGCCUAUCCCGUGCAUCUUCCCCGGCGUAUCCUCACUCGGCUUCGGCUUCCAUGCUGUUGGUACCCCGCUAAGAAGCGCUCGCUGGAUCUUUGAGUCCGCGGCACUCCGCGCUUUCUCCGCGCCGGCUUGAGUGCGAGGCAGCGCGGCUGGGGGAUGGAGGCAGAGUCCGGGCUGUGAGGGUCUGUUUUCAGGGGGGCGUCGGAGGCGUGGGGGGUCGCUGCUGCGCUUUGUUGUGUGUCCGCUUUGUGCUCAUCCUUCUCAGCCAUGAAGCAUUGAAAACCCUCGGACAUCUUGGAUGCUUUGCCCAACAUUUUAUUUCGGACAAAACCUUUCUUUUUUCUCCUCGUCUGACGUCAUCUACCAAAUUUCUCCCCCCACUUCUUCUCACCUCCAUCACCCUCCUCCCUCCAUCAUGGCUCCUCUGGCCUCCUCCUGCCUGCUGCUGCUCCUGCUGCUCCUUCCUGCAGCCCAAAGCAGCAACCCUCGUGGGGGAGGAUCAUCCACUGACUGCGGCCCAGGGAAGAACGCUGAAUGCCCAGACCUGUCCGACAAGAAGAGCGACCUGCGCGUGUGCGACGCAGGCACGUGUCGUUUCGGUGGGACCUGCCGCGACAACGGCGCCGACAUCAAGUGCGUCUGUCAGUUCCAUUGCCACAAGAAGUACAUCCCUGUCUGUGGCUCCAACGGAGACACGUACCAGAACGAAUGCUUUCUGCGGCGGGUGGCGUGCAGGAAACAACGAGCCAUCAGCAUUGUGUCGGAGGGACCCUGUUACCACGAUGGAGCCUCCGGAUCUGGAGAUGGAGAUGAUGAAGGUUCCGGACGCGGUAAAAAAGGAUCCAAAUGUGGGAACUGCAAGUUUGGUGCCGAGUGUGAUGAAGACUCUGAGGACACACUGUGCAUGUGUAACAUCGUGUGCAACGGUCACAACGACAACCCGGUGUGCGGCAGUGACGGUGUCACUUACGACACGCCGUGUCACGUGCGAGAGGCGUCCUGCCUCAAGCAGCUGAAGAUUGACAUCAGACACGUGGGACGUUGUCAAGAUAAAAGCAGGAAGGAUGACGGCAUGAAGAUGAAACCAGAUGUUUUUGCUGUGCCCAAACCUGGUGAGGGCGAGGGCCUUGUGGAAGUCUCCACUCCCUGUCCUCCCGACCACACCCUGAUUUGCAUACAUGGCCAGUGUGAGAUGAGAAACAACCAGGCCACCUGCAGGUGUGAGUCGGCGUACGGUGGCCUGCAGUGUGACGAGCUUCUGGAUUUUAACAUCCUCUACGUGGUGCCCAGUGGUCAGAAGCUGCACUACGUCCUCAUUGCCGCCAUCAUCGGAGCCGUCCAGAUUGCCAUCAUUGUGGCGGUGGUCAUGUGCUUCACCAGGAGGUGCAACAAGGCCAAGCGUGGACGGAGACAGAAGCAGCAUUUGGGACACUUCCCAUCGGGAACGUCAUCCAGGAUGAUGUAGCAGAUCUUCGCUCCAAAACCUUUUUAUCCAAUACACUUUUUUGGUACCACACAGACUGACCACUUUUUUAUAGCUCCACUUCUGGUGCCUCUUUUUUUUUCCUUUUUGAUAUAUUUUUUUAAACUCCUAAGGGGCCUUAUUUUUUUACCUUUUCUUUUGGGAUGGGGUCGAUUUUGGUUUGCCAGCGAGCGCAGACGACCUCAAACACUGUGGAUGUUCCGAUUGGUUGAUGAACUUCUUUUCUUUGCACGCGAACGCCUCUUAGCUUUUGUUUACAUUUUGAAGGAAGCCGCACGUUUUUUUGACCUUACUUUGAAACCUUUGUAGCGCACAGUGACCAUUUUAAAUGUCUAUGCUAUUUCUAACUUUAUUUAAAAACAUAUAUAAGUCAGGAGCCAUCGAGAGAGCAGUUAAACACUCCAAGCGUUCAGCUCUUGAACGCACCAUUCACCCACUAGCAGGCCCAAAGUGCUGCGUCUGGGGAACGGGGGGUCGACAUUCAUCUCAACUUUAGAACCAAAAUGCUGUUUUUUCUACUCUUUCCAGCCCUAAGGUCCAAAUUGAUGUGUACAGUUGCUUUUUACUUUUCACGUGACGCCAUUCCGGAAAUGGAAUCCAAUGUGUUCUCUUGGUGUUUCGUCAAGAUGGUAAUUUAAAAAGAUUUUUGAUCCACUUUCUUUUUCUUUUUAUAUUUUAUUUGUAAUGUUGGUACCAAGUGUCCGUGUUGGUCGUUUCCUUGUGCUAGAAGAAGCAGCCGGCUGAGGCGGUUGUGCAGUAGCUGUUGCAUGAUGCAGUGAAGUGCUUGUGUAGUAGAAUGUUCUAAAAUUAAAUCACCAUGGUAAAAAAAAACAAAAAAAAAA